CAGGCAGCAAUUCUUUCACAUUUUCGUCGCAUCCAAAACUCUUGAACGUGUUCUCAAAACUCAAGAAAAUAACCCAGUGUUCAAGAAGUCGUCGCCAUGUCCGCCGAAUCCUCGGCGUUCCGGACGUACGUAAGGUUCAGACCUCUCAAUGCCAAUGACGGGGAGGCAUCAGCAUUCGACUACACCAUCGACAAUACGGAGACGAAGCGCAAGAUUACAAUCUCUGCUGACGGGCCUCGAAAGCGUACAUGGAAAAGCGGCGCCUCAUUCUGUGACGUCUUUCAACCCACAGCGAGUAACAAUGAUGUUUUCAACAGUGUUGUGGCCCCUACUUUACCAUUGGUGAUGGAGGGAGCGACCUGCAACUUCUUUGCAUACGGACAUUCUGGUAGUGGGAAGACACAUACGAUUAUCGGAUAUCACAAUGAUGAAGAAAAGGAACUUGGUCUUUGUCUGGCGGCUGCUCGCGAGCUCUUCCAGGCUCUUGAAGGGAUCAACAGUGAUAAAGACCCGGAUCACCAGGGGAACAACGAUAAACUCGGCGUGGCAGUUCGAAUCUACGAAGUUCGCGGGAAAUUCGCAUAUGAUCUCCUGAAUAAAGGCACUCAAUGCCAUGUCCGCGAAGGCCCCGAUGGCCGUACACAUGUUCGAGGCGAGACUGAGAUGUUGGAGGGCGGCAAAGUCAGGGUCCGCCCUAUCGUAGCGAUCCCAUGCUGGAGCUUUGCCGAAAUGCGGCACACGGUCCUCAGCGGACUGGCGUCGAGACAGACAGGGUCAUCUUCCAUUCAUGAUGAAAGCUCGCGAACACAUGCUGUUGUGGAACUGGAGGUCGUGAACAAGACGCUGUUGGCAUUACGUGAGGCGGUUAUUGAACGAGAGUCGGAACUCGUCCCUGUAGGAAAACGGGCCACGGACGUGUAUCUUGAAGAGAACAAAAAGAGAAUCAUCAAAACGGCGGAUGGGCAGGUAACCAUCAAUCCGGCCGUUCAUAUAGAUCAGGAGCGGAUAGACGAAGCAGAGGCGGAGAAAACGAAAUACCAAGGCCGACUCGAAGCGGCUGAGAAUGCCGUUAGGGACUAUUCCCAGGCCUACCCGCAUCCUUCUCUCGGCGGGAAGUUCGUCUUCGUUGACCUGGCUGGCUCAGAAUACCUUGAUCGAGGAACAGCCGCUCUCCCUACAGGCCCAAAGCAAACGCCACAGGAACGGCAGCAGGGACGCCAAAUCAACACCGACUUGUUUACACUGAAGGAAGUCAUACGUGCGAGAGCAUCGAACCAAGCUCGAACUCCGUUUCGCGGAUCGCCCUUGACUUUGAUACUGCGCCAUCACUUCUUGGCUGAAGGGAAAGGACAGUCCGCCAUGAUUCUGACAGCCUCUCCAUCUCAAACGCAAUUCGCCGCUAGUAUGAAUACCCUCAAGUACGGUGAUCUUGUCGGCGCGGCUAGCUCGGAAUAAAGGUUUGCCAACACUCAGCAGUGUGCAAGUGGUACAUAAUAGGUCGAGGGAAGUCGAGCUGUGAUGGAUAGCCUCCAAAAAGAAGUUGUAAUCUAUGUAGAAAACAGUAUUCAACCCUGUUGCAUGGAUAUCAAUCCUCUUGAAGCGUGUGCCAGCGUGUCCGUACUGCCCCGCAUCCUGAUCCAGGAAGAGGUCAAGGGUACC